AUGGUGUCAGUCAUUGAGGGACCGUUCCGAGAGCUGGAAAGCAAAGUGCAAGGGGUAUUUUCAGGGGGGCUUGCUAGCUACCUUUCCAACUCCCUUCUCAGUGGCUUCGCUACAGGAGCCUCCCUGACCAUUCUCACAUCCCAGUUCAAGUACCUUCUAGGCCUGAGGAUCCCCAGGCCUCAGGGCUGGUUCACCCUGUUCAAGACCUGGUACAGCCUGCUCACCAACCUGAGCAACACCAACAUUUGUGACCUGGUGACCAGUUUGGUGUGUUUGCUGAUACUGAUACCUACCAAAGAGCUCAACAAUCGAUUCAAAGCCAAGCUUAAGGCUCCCAUUCCCUUCGAGCUCUUUGUGGUGGUAAUUGCAACAGUGGCUUCUCACUUUGGCCGCUUCGACACCGACUACGGGUCGGGGGUGGCUGGUGAUAUCCCCACUGGCUUCCUCCCUCCCCAGCUGCCGAUGUGGACUCUGAUCCCCAGCGUUGCUGUUGAUGCCUUCUCCAUUGCCAUCGUGGGGUUUGCCAUCACCGUCUCACUGUCGGAGAUGUUUGCCAAGAAGCACGGCUACACAGUGGACGCCAACCAGGAGUUGUACGCCAUUGGCUUCUGCAACAUCCUGCCAUCGUUCUUCCACUGCUUCACCACCAGCGCUGCGCUGACUAAGACCCUCGUCAAGGAGUCAACAGGGUGCCAGACGCAGAUAUCUGGGCUGGUCAGCGCCCUUGUCCUGCUUCUGGUGCUGUUGGUUAUCGCACCGCUCUUCUACUCCCUUCAAAAAUGUGUAUUAGCAGUCAUCAUCCUGGUUAACCUUCGCGGAGCUUUACAAAAGUUUACCGACAUUCCCAGCAUGUGGCGUGUCAACCGCAUCGAUACCUCUAUCUGGCUGAUCACAAUGGCAACCUCGGCGCUGGUCAACACAGAGCUAGGUCUGCUUGUGGGGGUUUUGGUGUCAGCCCUGUGCGUCCUGGGCCGAACCCAGCGAGCCCAGGUACUGGAGCUUGGCCGGGCCACAACUAGGGAGCAUUAUGAGGACCUGUCGUCUUACCACGGCCUUUGGACACAUCCCGGAGUAGCUGUUUUUAGAUACGAGGCUCCAAUCUAUUACGCCAACCAGAGAUUGUUCAAAAAAUCUCUCUACAGGUGUGCAGGGCUUGAUCCUGUGAAGGAGAAAACCCGGCUUAUGAAGUUCAAGAGGAAGAACAAACAGCAGGGAGACGUUGCACGAGUCCCAAAUAAAAAUUCAAGGGAUUUGGAGGGUGCCGGUAAAGAGGAUGGGUUUGAAGCUGGUGCGACUGUAACCUCAAUGCUCAACAAUAAAUCUUCCCGUAGCUUACACAGCUUGGUGAUCGACUGCAGCGCCAUCUUGUUUCUAGAUACUGCUGGAGUGAAUGCUCUGAAAGAGGUCUUCAAAGAUUAUGAAGAACUUGGGAUCAAGGUUGUCCUGGCCCAGUGUAAUAUCUCAGUGCAGGACUCACUGGAAAGAGGGGGAUACUACCCAGUCAAAAAAGGAUGUGAUGGAGGAGAAAACAAAAUGAUGUUCUUUACCAUUGCAGACGCCGUCUACUACGUCCAAAGCCUCUCACCUAACAGAGAUUAUGACAGAAAAUGCUAAAAAAAAAAAAAACAAUCUGCAUUCAUGCAGUCGUCAAUCUCACAUAAUCCAAGAAUGUGCCUUGAAAUACCUGCACCUACCUGACCUGUUUUAAGAGCCAAUCUGCACUGCCAGACUUGCUCAAAUACACUUCAACCAACCAAAGUGAAAAAUGCCGACUUUAAGCAUAAUAGUAGCACAAUUUCCUAGUAAGCUUGCCUGAACCUGCCAGACCGUCAAUGCUACAUAAUUGCGGCAGACAAUUCUUUAUUUAAUUCUGUUUUCAGUAGUUACAUAGUCAAAGCAUUUUUAAAUGUUUAAAAUGUAAAAGUUUGUAUUUUAGUUGCAAUGAAGUUGUGAGAGACAGUGAAAAUUGCAAAAAAAAAGUUACCAAAAAGGUUGGAUGCUGCAAAUGUUGGUAAAAUAUGAAAAUGGAAGGUGGAUUUAAGACAAAAACAAUAAUUUAUUGAAUUAAUCAAAUUUGAACAUACUGUAUGUGUCAGUGGCUUGCUGAUCUUUUCUGUGUUAGUUAAUUUCCUAUCGUGGCCUGGGACACAUUCAUAUGGCAACCCUAAAGCGCUUAUUGUACUUUAACUUAUCAUUGCACUUACAACAACAAGCGUAGCCGUGCUCAAUUUAGGUCAUCGUGUACGUCUCAUCUCCGGUCGUACCUGCAUCCACCGUGUGUGUGUGUUUGUGUGUGUGUUGAGGAACUGAGUAGUAGCCCCACUGCAGAGAGCCAACGGCAUUGAAACAGCAGUCGCUUUCAGCAACUUUAGAGUUAAAAAAAAGACAUUACAGCGUACAUUAAUGUUAAAAUGUAUACAGGUUGGCAGGACGGUCAGACUUGUUUUGCUGUACGUUUUGUUGGUAAAUGUGAGAUCUUUGAGUCACACAUAUUUCACUCCCGCUUGGUCAGUGGCUCUCAUAGUCACAUACUGAUGCAAAUUAUGGCACGUGGGACUGCUGGGAUUGGUUGGAGUUGCAGAGAACUCCAGUUAUUGGUCAAAUUUGCAGAAAAGUUGCAGUGAUUUGUCAAAAUUACAAGUCGCACCAAAUUCAUGGUGACUGGUUGAAUUUGCGUAAAUUGUUGCGAUUGCGACAUUGAAAAAUCGUGGAAGGACUGAUUACGAUACGUCAAAACUUCACAAUGGGCUACAUCUGUACCUCACUUUGUGCAAUAAAGAAAAUUUUGCUCACAGACAUCCUACUAAAUUAGUUCAUGAACAAUUACAUACCAAUACUACAUACACCAC